AUGGGCAGCGCUCCUCUUUUGGCGACAUUCGCAACGUUGACGGAGCAGGCAGCGGCCAUAUCAACGUCGACAGCAACCACAACUGCGACAGCAGCGGUGACGGCGCGAGGCUGCCGCGUCGUAGUGUCAGGUGUGGAGGAAAUUCAGGUAGCAACGCCGACGAAUGGCGGUGGCAGUGACAGCAGUGCUGUGCUUUCUGGAGUGGAGCACUUCAAGGUGCCGGCUGCAGUGCUGCAGCGCAUUCCGCAGCAAGGACAGUCUACAGCGGAAACGCACGCGAUCAACACCAACACCACCGCUUGCUCAACGGCAUUGACGUCAGAGGCGGCCAUGCGUGCCGGCGAGCCUGUGCCACUGCCGCAGAUUCCCUUCUCAACUCGUGGUGGGACUAGGGGUCGCGCCAAGAGUGCGAAGGCGUCGAGCAGUGACAUGUCAGCGUCACCUGCGUCCCUUUCGCGGGCACCGGACUCUCCCACCGUGGCGUCUGAGCUCACAUUUGCAUCCCAAGAAGGCCUUCCUACCGCCCUCGCGGUCAGUGAUGCGGCUGUUUCGACGACGGUGGCGGCCCACACGAUGGCCAGCAGCAGCCACGCGCAGGUUGACAGCAAAGAGCCGCUAUUGCUGCGUAGACAGCAGAAGCCGGUGGUCUUCUCGCGUCAGUGGCGUCGACAUCUCCUCAACGCUACCGCCUCGUCGUCAUUGCCUUUGACGUCCAGUAAGCCGAUUGCCAGCUCUACCGUCGAGGACGCGCUGCAAGGUCACCUCCAGAGCAUUGGCCGGCGUACGCACGGGUGCGUGAGUGAGAGUGGCGCAGACCGCGUCUCUAACGAGGAAGACGAUGAUAACGAGGAUGGCGCAUCCCCCUUUGGCAAUGCGAGUAUCAUCAAGUUCAGCCGCACCGAGGACAGCGAAGGUGUGCCUGGCAGACUUCCAGCGGUGCCGCCAAGCAGUGACUCCGACGAUGGCGAGAACCGACUCAACCUCGAAUCAUCAUCCACGAUGCACGCUACGGCUGUUGAGGCACUGGAAGGCAGCCAUAACGGUGUGACGCUGCAGUCUUCCGGGGCGCCGACGCGUCGGCAGCGGCACCAACUACGGCAGCGGGCGCAGGAGGAGCGCGAGCACCACCGCGUGCGGCGUCAUAUGGCUGGAUACGAUCCUGACUUUCUGAGCCGACAGGAGUCUCAGCUUCACGUGAACAAGAAAUGUGGCAGCAGCGAGGAGAGUGAGGCGGAGGACGAGGGGAGUGUCGAGUACUCUUCGGAGGAGACGGCCUACAGCGCAUCGUCCACGGCGGAAAGUGAAUCGCUCACUUCCCUCAGCGAGGCGGGAGGCGACGAGAAGGCAGAGGAGGUUGAGGAGGAUGGGGACACCAAUGAUGACCUGUUGGGGUCCUCCGCACCUGCGCCGCAUGAGGGCCACACUGUGGUCAGUGGCGGCGGGCUCUGCGCUGCGGAGCGUACUGAGCACGAGCGCCAUCAGCACGCACAAUACAAGGGCAGUACAGUGACACCGCCGCCACUGAUCGGCGAUGCCCACAGCGGCGGCAGCGGCACAGUCUCUACGAGUGCGCGUUCUCUCUUCUUCCAGUCUUUCUUUUUCGCAUGCCACGAGAUCCGCCUGCACCCCAGUGGCUGCCACCACACCCUCGUCGGACUUCAAGACUCUGUCACCAUCAAAGGUCCCUGCGGCAUCAUCGGCUUUGGUCUUGGCGAAGUUUCUGUCAGCGGCUUCUACCUUGGUCGAAAGCAACUGACCCUGUGGCACGAGGAGCACCGAGCAGUGCUGAUGCCCAUGAAGCGGCUCAAGACGCGGCACGCGCAGGACAUGGAGCUGCCUCAGUGGCCUCGCGUGCCGGCGCCUGCGUGGCCCCCCGGAGGCUUAUCGACAGCCGCCGCUGCCGAACCAAGCAGGAGGACGGACGUUGGCGAUGUUUUGGGCCAUCCACUGAAUCCGCUCUACUACCGUGGCGUCUGUGCUGCCUCGGGAAUCCGGAAGUCGGCGGCGCUGAUUGGCGUUUCAGCAGUGACUGCUGCUCCUGGCACCGGGGAGCCGGACGAGGAGGAGGAGGAGGAGGCCUUCCUGCAGUCACUGCAGUGGGGCUGCGAGUCUGUGUUUGGGGAGGUGGACUGGGACUGGGUGGAGGCGACGGUGCAGAGCUGGCGUAGCCUCUUUUCCAACCAGCUUCCACCAAUCCUGCUGAUUCUGCAGCCGCCAUCCUCCCUGCGCCGGCAUGCCGAUGAGGGGCCGACGCGGAGGUUCUACCUCACCCGCAAACGGGGCCGUCAGUACGGCACCGCUAGUGGCAAGGCAGAGAGGAGCACAAAGGGGGGAGGAGCGCUGCAGGACGCCGCCGCCGCUGCACCGUCGAGCGCGUACAUGGACAUUCCAUCCUUUGUUGCUCACCGCAGCGAGCCGUCUGUCGAUCUCGCCCUCGUACCGAGCAUUGUGCCGUCGAUCGCAGCGCAGGGCUGCGGCUCUGUCAUGGUGCUGGGCUCCGCGAACAUCGGCAAGUCGACACUGUGCCGAUACUUGGCAAAUACCCUACUCAGUCAGCACGGGCUUUGCUACUGGCUGGAUCUCGAUGUGGGGCAGCCUGAGUUUGGCGUCCCGGGUCAGCUGACACUCUCCGUUGUGCGGCGUCCGCUGCUGCGCGCACAUGACGCGAGCUGCGCUCAGGUUGUCUCAGCUUUCUUCGUGGGCGGCAGCACCACGGCACAAUGCCCACUGACCGCGGCGAACGCACUAGCAGCCGUGUGUGCGCAGGCACGAGAGGUGAGUAAAGCGCAUCCUGUGGUGGUGAACACGCAUGGCUGGGUGCUUCAGACGGGUCGCCGCAUCUCUGUCGAGGCACUGCGCCGUCUGCGACCACGUCAGGUGAUUCACCUGCACAAGGCACAGGAGGAGUUAUGGGCCCAGGACACGGCAGCUUUGCUGGAUCCGCGCAACGGGCUAAACGCCGAGGUGGUGCAGCGCCGCUUCCUUGUUCGUCACAGGAAUGCCAGCUCUGCUGCCGCGGCUGUUGGUGGUGAGCGCGCUGAUAAACCUGCAGCGGGCUCGAAGAAGAGCAAGAUCAAAGGCGCACCUCCCAGCAGCACGGCGCCGUCGGCAGUGUUGCUCUGUCGUCUCCCGUAUCCUUACACCCACGAAGAGGCCGUCCAACAGGCGGGGUCCUCUGACCGCGAGUCACCGGUUUCGCCCUCGACUACUGCGAAGGCGCACAAGUGGUGCGGCCAGGUUCACUCGGUUCGUGUGCAGCGCGAGGACACGUACUCGUCGAUUGCCCGCAUCAAGGCGAUGAAAGGCAGUCGUGGGCGGCAGCAGCGGUGGGAGACGUACUUCUCGGCCCUGUUCCGCCAUUAUGUCGGCAGCACCACCUCUGGCGCGAAGGCGGCGAGCAAAGACUCGAGCCCGGUGGAAGAUGAGGCCGAGACGACCCUCCUCGAGGCACCGCUUUCGGCAUUGCACUCGAUCGUGCUGGCCGAGCGUGAUGAAAAGCUCGGCGAUGUGCGCCUGGCAGGACCCGCGCUGCCCUCCUCGUCUUCCGCAGAGGUGACAUCCCCUGUCACUGCCUCUGUGGCUGCUCAGCAGCGGCAAACCCGGCAAACGCACGCGGAGGUGGCCGCUGCGCUGGAGCACGCAGUAGUCGCAGUCCUUUUCCACGCUCGCCCCUCCGCUGCGGCGGCACACGGCCAGUCUAACGGUGGCGAACGGUGGUGUGUCGUGCGCAGUCUUGCCUCCCUUCAAAAUGGGUUUCCUGUGUCAUGCUACGGUGUUGUGGAGAGCUGCGAGCAGGAACUCCUGCACGGCGUCGAUGCGGCGCAGUACGAGAAUGGCGCGAGCUCGUCGCGGGGCGACUCUGCCUUGGCGGGCUGGAUUCGCGUCCGUGUGCCACUGCGGCCAAGCGUCGUCGCAGCCAUGCUCUCUAUCCCCGAGGCCGGGCUUGCGGAUGUGACCGCCAAGUGGUCCACCAACGUCUCCAUCGCCUACAGUGCCACCUUGCGUAGCGACACCGCCUUUGCUGAUACCUGGCGAUAA